AUGUCGGUUAAUCUAAGUCCUUUUGUAUCAUCAAUGGUUUGUUGCUGAUUGUUGCUGAUUGUUACGUCAUAACACUGAUAGCGACAAUUAUUGUUGUAAACAACCAUGGCGGAGUUCAAUUUGAAACAUUUUUUAGUAUUGUUUUAUCUCACCACUUUCAAUUCAAAAAAUCUAAUCAAAGCAAACGACUCUUGGCUAUGGCCCAAUGAAGUUAAUUCCAAAAUGUACAAGCCUCCUACACCGCAGUCUCAAAAGCCGGUCUCAUUCCUCGAAGAAGGUUUGACUCUGCGGCAGGAAAGACCAGGAAUCAUUUAUCAGGAUAGUCCGUUAUUGAUAUCGACACACAACCAACAGAUGAGAAGGAACUCUUCUGUUUGGGAAAGAUUGAAAACUGAUAGUGACAAGCCUGGCUUUGGCAAGGGAACCACUGCUGGCUUUGGAUCAACCAAGAACUUGGGCUUUAGAACUAAGAAAAAGAAACAUCCAACACAUAUCAAUAAGGAUUGGAGCUUUCCAGAGGAGACUCUCAAGAGGAAGUCAGAAUUGAAGUGCGCUGAUUACAAUAAGGCGAUCGAAGGAAAAGAUGUGUGGAUCCUUCCACUGGUUGGAAUUUCACCCACACCUAUAUCAACCAGAAAUACCGGUAGAAUCAAAUGCAAAAGUUUACGUAAUCCCUUGAUCAUCGGUGGCGUUGUGUCUCAACCCGGUGAAUUCUCACAUAUGGCAGCACUCGGUUGGUUGACUCCGGAGAACGAGGCAUCUUUUCUUUGCGGUGGCAGUUUAAUAUCUGAUCGCUGGGUAAUAACCGCAGCUCACUGCACCCACGGACCAUCAGGAUCGCCAAAAGUCGUUAGACUCGGGGCUCGUCGUUUGGGUGAUAAAACCGCAGGCAAAUUGAUCGGAGUCGAGGAAAUCGUCAGACAUCCUUCCUACAACCCACCGGCUAUAUAUGCUGAUCUAGCUCUUCUGAAACUAGAUCAAGACAUUAAGCUUGGAUCAGACAUAAGGCCGGCGUGCUUGUACACCGAGUUUGAUACCACGCCACUACAAGCAUGGGCGACUGGCUGGGGUGUAACAGGACUAGGGGAAGAACAAAGCGACGAACUACUGAAAGCUCGCCUCGAUGUUGUGGACAAUGUCGAUUGUGCCAUGAAGCUUAAUCGAUCAGCUGCUAUUCCAAGAGGCGUCGUGCCCAGCAUGUUGUGCGCCGGCGACCUCAGUGGUGACUGGCGUAGCGAUACUUGCCAAGGAGAUUCCGGAGGUCCUCUUCAAAUUAUUCAUCCCCGACACAAAUGUCUCCAUCAAAUCAUAGGGAUAACUAGUUUUGGACGAUUAUGCGCGCUCAGAAACUCGCCUGGAGUUUACACAAGAAUUUCUCAUUACAUUGACUGGAUAGAGAAAAUCGUCUGGCCAAAUAAUACUGGAUAAAGUUCAGGAUCUUGAACGAUUAUUUGAAGACUGAAGAAAUGACUAGAACAAUUUACUUGACGUUUGUUGUGUUGAAACAAAAAAAUGACUACAUAAAUUUGUACAUAUUAUAAUCAAAUAUUAGCUGUCUAAAAACUGUACAUAAAAUAAACAGCUUUUCUAA